GAGGUGCCAGCGGCACACGUCAAAUAAAAACACACCGCAGCGGGCGAGAACGAUCCGGCCGGUAUGCCUCCCGCGGCCGGCCUGGAAGUGACGUCACCGUGGAAUAUCGGCGAAAUCGCCGGAAUGCUCCCGGCGUAUAUUUUACGCCAUGACCCACGUGUUCUUGACCUUUUUCAGGUGCCAAAAAUGUUGACGUAUGACAUUCAGCAUAGGCAUUAGAAGAUACCAAUUGCCCUCAGCUGUUUUUCUCUGUUUCGCAAUGAAAAGAUGGUCUCAUGUUAUUGGCUGCAGAUUCCUCACCAAUAAACAGAUGUCGAUGUAAUUUCAUCAUGUUUAAGUGCAAUAUAUUUGUACAUGGAUUUGCAAGUUGAAAAGGCAAAUCGUGAUGACACGGUAACUACACCAUGCCUACGGAACGACUUCAGGGAACACUUGACAUAUUUCGAGCGGGGAGGGGGGGGGGGGGGGCUGAGCUCUACAAUGCUGACUUGAGCCCUCCCGCAAUGAUUCUCUGGGGCUCCUCCAUGCAUGCGAGAAAAAAGGGAACGCUGGAUCAAAGACAUACUUAACAAUUAUCCCAACCGUUUGUAGACUAGGUGAAAUAUGCUUAAACACAUCAUCACUAGUAUCAUGCUGUUUUUGUAUCAAGUAGUAUUUUUUAUGUACCCAAAGUUUUUGUCAGGCUAUCUCCUUCAUAUGUUUAGCCAAUCUGCAAGUGGUUGACAAGUUUUUCAAAUGAUUGCGACUGAAAUUGGACAAAAAAAAAUUGGCUGCAAUGUGUUGCAGCUUCCAAACGUACAGGGGGGCCCAGAAAGAACUAACGUGUGUUUUCUUCGCAACAGUAGCAAGUAUAUUUGUCACAUAGUCGUAGCUGUGGUGCCUGUGUAGCACGAUCAGCGACAGCGCUAUUCAUCAGUGAUCACAUCCUAAGAUUUACUGACAUUUUUUUCUUUAAAAACACCCUGUUCUAAUUUUGUUACAUAAAGGCAGCAGAUAUUAACUUGGAAUGAUAAUUCAUUCCUUUGCAGGAAACAAUUUUGAAUCCCCAAAACAUGUAUUUUUUGUUCCAGCAUCCAGGACGCAAAUUUAUAUGGCCGAAAUCCGGGGACAAAGCAGGUUUUGUGGGUAGGCCGGAUACAGUUUUUUGGCCUCAGCCACGCCCAACCGAUUUUAGAGAGAAAUAUCCCUGAACGGCUUGAGUUAUGGGGGAUUCGCUUAUUUAUCUUAUUACGCUAGACAGUUUUCUAAAAGCCGUUUGUUAAGCAUAACGCAGUCGUUCGUAGUCGUUUUCCAGGGGCACAGGCAUGAAUUAGCCCAGAAGGCCAUGCUCCGUUACCAAAUGUUUGGCAAGUGUUAAUGUGUGCUUGAUUUAAAGUUGACGGCUGAAAUUCCCAGCUAGCCACAAUAAUAUAUCAUGAUCGGGAAAAUCGAAGUUCUUUUACGACACGCAUGCGUGCGCUGAACUCGAUUUCAGUGGGAAGUUUGAUGUAUACCCCUCCCAUUAUGACGUGUUACUUGCGCUCCUGUUGCUUUCAGCUUUCCCCUGACAUUGGCUUGCGUAGUGUGCUUUAUCACUGUGACCGCUUGCGUCCCCUUCAUCCGCAUUGCCAAUUCAUCCAUUGCUGACCGAAAAGCUCGAGAACAGUGGUUUGUUUCCCCGGGCAUCUCCCACUUGGUUAACGUGGUCUCACAUAUUCCUGUUCCUGCCUUAACACGCAAUUGAUGAAAACGAAAUAUUUUUUGCUGUCUAAAUUCCGUCAUAUUCAUUUCUGAUGCCCUCCUGUUUCGCUCAUCUCGGCUCCCGAGGAACGGAACAAAACUGUUCGGUUACUUGAUCAUUGAAGAAAAUUGUUUUGCUCAAAGCCUUGUGCAGUUUGCCGAGUAAUCACAUAUCUCUUAAGAACUUGCGUGAUAUAUGUACCAUACAUUUUUCAUUCGCAAAGUUUCACAGUAAUUUUGAAUAUUAAUAGAGCGCGAUGUGCAUGCGAAUAUGAAUAUACCAACGUGCACCAUAUAAAUACAGCGUGGUUUAAUCAAAGAGCUAAAAUUCAGAACUGGUCAUGGUACCGACGAACGUAAGUCAGUGGAAGGAUAUUAAAUUCACCAAGGGAUACUGAAAUGGCUUACUAAUUUUGAUGUGCUCCUAGGCAGGUUAGAACUACUAGCACAGCUUGUGUUUUUGCUUCUGCCGUUUUUAUGCUGCCCCGGUGCUGUUUUUGCUGUUAAGGCAAAUUAUUACUUUUUAUUUCAUUUUUAUUAAGUUGAAUUAAAUUUUAUUGAAUAAAAACUUAAAUUAUACAUUAAAUUGAGCAGCUCUCGCAGCAUUGCGUUUUAGUUGGGAGUUCCUGUAGUAAGGCCAAAACGAGUGGCCAUUCGUAGAUCCUCUCCCGGAAUUUUGACCAAUUCUGCUGCCAUCUGUCAACGAGUUUUAAAUCACACUGUGUGAUCACAGUUUGCUACAAUAGAACCUAAGUUGCAUGGCCUUGAACGGAACUCUUGCAUGUGGCUGCCAACAUCAUAAUCAUCCUGACGAUGUAAUUAUUACCAAUAGUUCAAUAUCUGUAACUGAAAGUCUGAUUUGAGACAAUCAGCUUCAGUUUCUUCGGUAAAAACGAAGAUUCAACAAUGAUCUAACACACUGAUAGCGUGCUAAGAGCGCACAUAAACAACACAUUUGGGUUACAUUCAGGAGUGAAAAAGUGCCUUUCCCGUCACUGACAAAAUUUGGAACCGUCUUCACACGCGCCCGGGGGGCCAAGUUGACCUUCACACGAGUCCAUUGACUACGGCCCAGGUAUCCACAAACAACAAUCCUUGAUCGGCAGGGCUUUUUAACGCUAUUGCCUUAAAACUGACGAUCAGCCACGUCCUUUAAGCCAGCCAGCUUCCACGACAUGAACACAACCGACAGCAGCCCACGGCCUCGCACGGAGCCCAACGCAUUACCACAUGGCAAACAAUCAAGCCCAUCCGUCUCAAAUGGCACAACGCUUUAAAACGCUGCAUAGCAAACUGAUCACGCUUGUCGCAAGAUGUUGUGGCCAGCCACGAUUCUUACGACUAGAUACGAUAAGUCUAUUUAUUUGGUAUUUUACACUUUUAGUAUGUGAAGUGAAUCCUGGCUGAAAAAUCAGCGAAAAGCACUGAUCUGAGCGGCAUUCGAAAAACACUGUGUCACCACUGAUCUGUGACAUCAGCACCGAUAUAGUAUAGUUUGUAGUAUGUUUCCUCCACCCGCUAAAAACUAUCCUGAUUAUAGCUAUUAUGUUUGGCAACAUCCGAUCGCUCGCCCUGCUCACAUAGCGAAAUGUCAACGUUUCAUGCGCUCACGCUGCAAGCGUUAGCGAGUGCAGACCGAUACUAAGCUUUGAGUUUCGUCGAGCUGGGAUAAUCUGCUGUACUAUGGUCUGGUCUGCUGAAAUUUGCUUUCAUUUUUCAAUUUGGUCACCAACUGGCUCGCGAAAGUGUCGGGUCUUUGUCAUCGAUCAUAUCCGGUAAAACGGAAGCUUUUUCACCGCUGGUCACAUUGGUGAAGUCUAGACAUGGACACGGCACGGCUCCGUGAAGCCACAGCGGCGGUAGACAGUUUCAAGACAGAGGCCGAGUUUUUCACACAGUAUUUCCGGCUGUCUAAAACGAAGGGCGGGCAGCCCCAGCGCGGCGGCUAGCACCGACCUCGUGACGCGCUGACGAACAGUGUUAGGAGUGGUGGGCAGCGACCUGACCGCCACCCUGUGGGGUGGAGGUGGGGUGGGGGUUCAGUUAGGCCCCGAAGACGCCAAUGUUGUCACGGCGCGUAACAAGCUCCUUCACUCAGCGCCAACCUGGCCACCCCAAGACCGGUAAGAUGUAGUCCCGGCCCCGCGCCCACGAGGCGACCCAGGUGGCCAAGCGCAACUUUUACACUCGGCGGAGAAGGAGACAGCGGCCACACAUAAGAUCAGGGGCAAAACAUGAGCACCGAUGGGCUCUUACCCCUAGUUUCCUAAGCCGACGAUACCCAUCUCCUCGACUCCGCGCACCCCGUCCACCCUAAAUUAUCGACAGGAGGAAACCAUUCUUGUCUUCCAACUGUGCUUACUGCCAGUUCCUCAAAGAUGAAGCCCCUUCUUCUGGUCAGCACGCCCCAGGUUAUGAAAUGCCUCAUCAUUCCAUCCUAACAUCUCCAGCCUAGUAUUAAUUCCCUCGCCGACCGUAAAUAUACUUAAGGUGACCAUCGACCGUACCCUGUCUUGCGAGGAGCACACGUCUAAAGUGGUCAAAAAGCUCAACUACAUUCUGUUUUGCUGAAAACGUCGUCAUCGUCUCACACCUGAAGCCCGCAAACUCCCUAUCCAGGCCCAUGUUUUCUCCACAUCAUUCACCGCCCAUCAGUUUGGGGCGGGACCGCCGGCUGCUAUCUCGGCCGAGUGCAAGAAGUCGUAAUUUUGCGGUUUUAUAUCGAGCGGCCUGAUCCUGAAACCACCGGCCGCCGGCCGUUUUGACCUUCCGGAGCCGUGCUGCGCUCCUAUCUGAACUUGACCAAUGUAAAAGGAGGGUUUCGUUUCACUUAUAGGGCAUUUCUCAAGGCUCUAGAAUUUUCACCGCAUCUUCGUUUUGUCGCGUAACCUGUAACCCAUUGACUCGAAUCAAACCUUAAGCCUUACAUAUGGAACGGUUCGUAGUAAAUACAUGCCAUGGCACAGGCAAGACAUUGUGUGAAUGGGUCCUAGUCGGGCCGGCCUAUGGUGUGACGCCUAUGUAGCAGACGUCUUAAGUCGUUUGGAAGGCAUCGGCGUGAAUUUGAGUUGUCCGAGCAUUAACCACGUGCUCCUUUUCAGUAGCAACUCAAGCCGUGAACGAUGCCAUUUUCACGAUCUUCGUACAGGCCGAGGGCAUCCGUCAACAGCUACAGGUCGCGCUACUCGAACGCUCCGACCUUUGAGCCCGAACCGAAGAAGCCACCACCCGAGGAGAAGCCGGUCAAGGCGAAGCCGCCGGCAGAGGAGUCUUCAGAGGAAAGCUCCUCUGAAGAGGGGGAAAGGUCAGAAGAGGAGAGCUCCUCUGAAGAGGAAGCCAAACCUGCCCGGAAAUCUCCCGACAACGAGUCUAGUUCAUCCGCAAGCAGCGACGAGGAGACGAGCGACGACGAGGCCGGCAAGCUGUCGGGAGUGAACGGCGCCCACCGGUCGUCUCCGUUCUCGGAAUCCGAGUCGGAAACACCGGAGCGGCGGCGGCCAGUGGACAGCAUGUCGGGCCAGGCGGACGCGGUGCCGUGGCGGCGGCCGCAGCUGCGCAAGGUGGGCCGCAGGAGCGCCGCCGGCCGCCAGCCGUCCUCGGAGCUGCCGCCCUGGGCAGAAGACGCUAAGCGCCGGCUCGGCGAUGUCCCGCUGCCCCUCCAGAAGCCGGACAUUGGCCACAGGUGGCACCACCGCGGUUCGGCCGGGUCCGAGGACGAGAAGGACGACGAGGAGGACGGCCGGCCGCCGGAACCAGCCCUAAGCGACAAGAUGGACUGGAUGAAGGAGAAGAUGCUGAGGGACGCCGCCGGCAGAAGGCCGCCCCCACCUCCGCCGCCCCCACCCCCGCCUGCCCGGCCCGGCGCUGGUAGUUUGGAGGAAUCCUCCCCCGAGGAAGAAGAGGACGAGGACUCAGAGGGCACACGGGAAGAUUUCAGCAAACUGCAGCAGCUGGAAGGCCGGGCCAAGGCGACUGAGGGCCCGGCGGAGCCGAAGGCCGCGCCCUGGGAGUCGGUCAAACUGGUGCCCCCACCUCCGCCUCCUCCGCCCCCACCCCCCUCCAGGCUUCCGCUGCCGCCGCUCCUGUCAGACAAGCCCCCGCUGACGCCCAGCCAACAUGAGAAGCUGGAGCGGCUGCGGAAGACGCCGCGCCGCCGGCCCGACUGGGGCGUCAUGAUGGCGGAGAUCAGCCGGCCGGCGCGCCGGCUCCGCCAUGUUGAGUGCCGCGACCGCAGCGCCCCCAUCAUACACGACCUGAAGCGACGCGGCAGCGAGUUCAUAUUCGAAUCGGAGAAGGAGAAGGAAACACCGACCGAUAAGCUGAUGAACGACAUUCGCUCUGGCGUGAGGCUGAAGAGAGUGAAGUGCAACGACCGGAGCCGGCCGAACCUACAAGGCCUCCGCAAGCUGCGCAGACAGCGAACCUCAGAGGCGUUCGUCAACCUGCCGCCGGAAGAGCUGAUGGACUCGGAGCCGGAUGAGCUGGACGAUAUUGACCGGGUGCGCGAUGACCUUCAGUCAACGCGCCAGAUGCUGGGCGACGAGGUGAAGAACCGGGAGCGCCUUGCCAAGGAGAACAAGCAGUUGAAGGCAGAACUGAAGCGGGUCCAGGAGCAGCUGGAGUGCUCUCGGAUUUCUGACGCGCCACCGCCAGCACAUGCGGGCGGGUCGGCGCCCUCCUCCGCGACCGACGACUUCGAGGACGACUUGGGCGCGCUGGCUGGCGAGAUGGCCAUGAUGCGGGACGAGGCGGGCGCCUCGUCUCGGGAGGCGCUGCUCUGGCAGGAGCGCUGCCGAGGCGCCGAGCAGGAGCUGGCCGCGCUGCGCGCCCGCCUGGAGGAGGCCGAGCACGGCCGGCAGAGGAGCCGCAGGAUAUCCGUCGAGAACAGCGGCGAGGUGCGGAGAAACAAGUCCUCAGGCAAGAUGGCCAGGAGCAGGACCAAGGACAAGAUCGCCAAGACGGCGUCGCAGGCGCGGGUGGGCAGGGAGGGGAACGUGAAGACGGGUAAGGAGGAGCAUGCCAAGGAGGACGAGGAGUCGGAAGAGCUUUCCGAAGAAGAUCUGGAUAGUGAGGGGGAGAGGCAAAGAGAUGCAGAUCAGCACAAGAAGAAACAGUUGAGAGAGCUCAAAAUGUGUGAAAGCAAGGUGUCUCAUAUGCAGACAAAGGUGAAACACGCUAAGGACGAAAGAAUGCACUUGAAAAAUCGCAUCAAGACCCUCAAUCAAAAUAUGAGAGACGAAAACAGGAAGUAUAAAGAGUUGCAACGCGAGGUGAAGAAAAUGGGAGCCAUGCUUAAGGACAGCGAUGAUGAGGACAGUGGAGAAGACAGCGAGGAAGAAUCUGAAGAAGAGACCAGUGAGGAAUCUGAGUCGGCAACCGAGUCCGAUACUGACGAGGAAUCAUCAGAGGAGUUAGAAUCGGAUGACGAAGAUCUUCCGCUGGACGAGAGGACUCAGCUGAUGCAGGAACGCGCGAAACGUCACGAGGACAACGAGAAAGCGAUCAAGAAAGGUAACUAUAUGCUGAAAACUACCGCAGAGCGCCUAUUUGACAAACUGAGAAGUGAGAAGGAAGAGUAUCGCCUGCUUGAGAGGCAGCUGAAUGACUUGGUCCACGAGCUCGGCUGACGUAAUAACACGCAAUGCACUGACCGCCGACAGAGCUUUGGAUGGUGACCUCUUGUCAUUAGCCUAAUGUGCCAGCGAGCUAUUUAUGGUUCACGCGGUUUUAUUUGCGCUGGAUAUUAGUUAUAAGUCCCAUUUGUAUGCGUUGAUACCGUCAGUUGCAAUACUUGUGCCUCCAUUAGCUUUUCGCUGACGCGCCAGUGUCCAUGAUGACACCAGACACCUUGCAACGCGUGCCUUGAAUACACGACAAACGUGCC